CUAGUGGUGGAAUAUAAAUCAUGAUGGCUGAUGGAUGUUGCAGAGGAAUGGAAAGAGGCAGGGGUAAGAUUGCAUCAGAUUCUUUACCAAGACACGCAUAUCCACAGCAAUAUGUCCAAACUGGAUCACAGCAGCAGGUAAAUGACAUCCAGGAAUUAGCCUCCAAACGCGUCGACAUCCAGAAAAAACGCUUCUAUCUGGAUGUCAAGCAGAGUGUUCGCGGCCGCUUUCUCAAAAUAGCCGAGGUGUGGAUUGGAAGAGGCCGUCAUGAUAACAUCAGGAAGAGCAAGCUGACGUUGUCUAUGUCCAUGGCACCCGCACUACGCUACUGCUUGGGAGACUUUAUAGAUUAUUAUGCCCGUAUCGGACUGAGAGGGGGCCUGGCGCCUCCGCAGGUCGACGAGCACAGCAACAACGGUCAGGGCCGCGCGCAUGAUUGUCGCAGGAGAGUUCAGGAACAGCAGCACGCGAUAUUGUCUCCCACCGGCUCUGCGGUGUCCGACGACCAUGCCCACCGCGUCCUCAAGAGCGAAUUUAUCGAGAGAGACAACCGAAAGUACUUUCUGGACCUCAAAGAGAACCAGAGAGGUAGGUUUCUCCGCAUACGGCAGACUGUCAGCAAAGGACACGGUACAAUGGGCUACUACGGCCAGGGCAUCGAGCAGACCAUCGUGCUGCCCGCACAGGGGCUCAUUGAGUUCAGAGACGCUCUGUCACAGCUCAUUGAAGACUACGGCGACGAGGAGAGCGACGAGCGCGGCCGAGCCGGCUCCAGGAGCCGCGACGACGACCCCGAGCUUCCAGAGGCUGCGUCUUUUCGGGUGGACAACAAAAGGUUUUACUUUGACGUCGGUUCAAACCGGUAUGGUAUCUUUUUAAAAAUUAGCGAAGUUCGACAGCCGUACAGAAACACCAUCACAGUUCCCCUAAAAGCCUGGGCUAGAUUUGGAGAGAAUUUCAUCAGGUACGAGGAGGAGAUGCGGCGAAUCUUCUCUUGUCAUAAAGAGAAGAGGACGGACGCUCGGCAGGACAGUGAGGAGCAGGAGGACUGAGCUGGCCGCAGGCUGCAGCCGCUGCACCGUAGCUACAGAGCAGAGUCCACACUUGGCAAUUACACAGUGUACUGUAUGUACAUACAACCCACAUGCGGUGUACUUUAUUAACGUUUUGGCUCAUCUGCCAAGGGCUGGUAAACUACAAAUUUGAACCUGCCAAGAAGUUAUUCAUUCAUAGCCUAAUGCCUACAUCUGUUUCCAUUCGUCAGUGCUCUUGAAUGCACCUUAAACACUAAGGCAGGGCCAGCCCGCAGCUCCAUGGGGCCCUCAAUUCAAUUUUGUAACCCCCACAUCCAUUCCUUGCCUUUUCAAUUGAGUGCACUGUACAGUGUGUAAUUGUUUGAUUCCAAAUGUUGUAGAAAAGUGACACCACUGGUCAUAUGAAUGUGGUGUUGGUCAGAAAUUUCUUUUCAUAUUUUGCCCCAGAGACAUAGUGGCUAACAGUUUUAUGGCAAGCAAUUGUACAGGAAGUGUUCAACCCCAACCAGUGACUGAAAGCAAAAAGUAACUGGUACACAAUGAAGGACAAUGUGUUCGCUGUAGUGUAGGUUUUAUAAUAAAAAAAAAGCGUGAUUUAGGAAAUUGUACAGGAAGAAACAUAUUACAUUUUCUCAAAGACAUUUCUAAUGAAAGUAUAAGUAAAAAUGAGCAGAGGACUUCAAACAUAGAAUUAGUCCCAGCCAUUUAGACCCUAGCAGGAGCUUAUUGUAAGUGCAAUACACACUCCCAGCAUCAGCUAACGCAACCAUACUAGAGACAGAAAGCAGUUAUGGUACAGUAAGAAGGAUGUGCUGAGCAAAUGUAAUAUUACGUUCCUUAUUUGCUGCUUUCUUGGAAUAACAAGCAGUGGCUUUGGGAAAUGGGACAGGAGCAAGCUGCCAGGUUAGGCCGACACUGAUCAUAACGCACACAUGUUGUGACGUGCAUCAUACACUACUAGUGUGUGUUACCGUUUAGUGGACUGAACUUGCUGUGUGUAUUUCAUUCCUGUAGCAGCAAAGCAGCACAGCCCCUCAUGUUGUUAGCACUGUUGUCAGGGAAAGCACCAGAAGUUUACAGUGGAGGCAAACGAAUCAAAAACUUUAUAGCUAGUGCAAUCCAUCUCCUAUUAUUUUGUUUAACACAGGCACUUAAAUCCACAUACGCAAGACUAUUUGUGUUGUGGUGAUGAUGUUUGUUUUUAUUUAGGUUUGUUCUCACUGAGCUGAGUCACAAUAUAUCUUUUUUUAAAAAAAAUUAAUAUGUGAGUUGGUGCUUGCUUUGAAGCCUUAAGCACUUGAAGAAGAAUUGACGUGUAGAAUUUGCUGCCUGAAUAGAUCACUUUCUGAAUAUAUCCUAGAUUAUAUAUUCAAGGGAAUAAAUGUCUGUUCUCACAUCCAAAACACAGCUAAGACAAAGAAAACAAAGCAUGACCACCAUCUUAAAAGACACAAAUGGAUCUCAUAUCGCAGGUCUCUUAAGGACAAGUGUGUUACUAUAGUUACAUUAUUUAUACUAUAUGGUAAUCAAAUCCCAAUAGUUCAGACUUACAUCAUUUAUUUUCUGAAGGAAAGGUAUUUACAUGUGUUCUGCUGAGCCACAUAAAGGGAUCUUACGCAGCUCGUUUUCAUUGUCUACACGGCUGCAUCCUCAGUCCUUUUUCAGUAUCCGCAUUGCCGUGCACUCGGAGGUAUUUGGCAGAUCUUGCAGUCGUAAACUCAUGAAAAAAUAAAUCUGAAGUUUAAAAAGAUGUGCCAGAUUGCGUACAAGCGAACCUGAAAUACAUCCAUCACGGAUAAGGCACAGAGCUGUGGGAGACAUUAACACUUGAUGCAGUGAACCAUUAAAGAACAUGACUCUGAUUCCUACUUUUUGGUCCGUGACCGUUUAGAACGGGAAGUUAUUAACAUCUUGCCAAAAAGGAAGUUUCUUUUUAGAUUUAUUUGUAUUAAAAAAAAAUAUUUGGGACAUGAGCAAAUGAAAUUAGUUCCAGGUAAUCUGUGUAUUUAUCCUAUCAUCUCUAGAGACCUCAGAUUUCUGUCCCAUUAGGGUCCUGUUUGGAUGCUUGAAAUAUUGGUACCUAUAUUUUGUAUUAUUUUACUAGAUGUCCCUGAAAAGUUUUACGUACUGAUAACGAUUGACAUCAAACAUGAAAAUGAGGUCAUUCAUUAUGGCAUACCUUCGAUCAGUAGCUUGAAAAUCUACUGCCUCAUGUGUGCAAAAAUGUUUUUUACCAGUAUGUGGUGCUAUGGAAAUGUGUUCACACUUUUUUCUGUCGUACAGUCAUUGAUAUCUUAAGUAUAGAAACUGGCAUCAUAGCCGUGAUGUCAAUGAACACCUCAGUGCUCAUUGGUAAACUGGGAGCAAGUAGCAAGAAAGGGCUCAACAUCCUUCUUAAACAACUAUCUCUAUAUCAGUGUGGUGCAGAAACAUGUAUUUUACCUUUCCUUACAGUCUCUGAAGUUGUUUGAAAGUCAAUAUCUUAUACACUCUUUUGUUUCCAAGUCACUAAAUCCAUCCAAGUGCUGCCUUUACAUUUGAGCUUAAAUGGCAGCUUGCUGUACAUUUUGCUCUGUGUACGCUGUAUGUGACCUUUAUGAAAGAAGAGCUGCUCACUACUGACAAAGAGCCCGAUCCAGACCAUGACUUAAGCAUCAUACAACAGAUUUACUCAGUUGUUGUGCUCUCCUGAUACCUGAGAACGUCUCAGGUGGAAGGUCUUCUUUAAGAUCAGACACUGAGGUGAUUAAAAUUUAAGUCUCACACUAUCUCGCUAUUUAUAAUUUGAAAAAGAAAUCGACAAUAUGCAUUCUACUUCAGUUAAAUUUUCUAGAAAUUUGUUUCCGAAGGUAUGGCCGAGGCAAAGGCCAGUCUUUAUAUCUGAGUUUAAUUGAACCAAAAUGGCUUACAUGGUAAAUUCAAAUCAAACAUUUCAAAAACGUUGAAUAAAAUUAUGUUAUAUUCACCAGUCUUAACACAAAUGCUCUUCUCAUUC